UACCAUAACAUCAAAAUGAAGAUACUGUGUCUAAUUUGGCUUGUUCAUGCAAGUCUUCAGCUUCAGUGUGACAAAGAUCAAAUAUCUGCACAUAUUGGAGGUCAAUUCAUUCUUACCUGCAAGUAUGAAACAAACCGUUUCCUGUACAGUAAAAAGUACUGGUGCAGAGGGGACGCCAGAAGCACCUGCGAGAUUUUGUUAGAUUCGGACGGUGUUGCUAAAACUAAAUAUACACACAGGUCUCACAUCAUAGAUGCAAGGAGUAAAGGGCUGUUUGUGAAAGUCACUGAUCUCAAAAUUGAGGACACUGGAGUGUACUGGGUUGGGAUUGACAAAAUGUAUGCUGACAUCAUGACUUUAGUUAAUGUGGCUAUCACUGAAGUUCCAGUGUCUAAACCCAGACUUUGGCCCUUGAGCUCUCUGGCGGACAGGCCAACAUGCUGGGGGCAGCCGGUGACAGUGCGCUGUGGAUGUACAAAGGGCACUACUGUUCAAUACACCUGGUAUCAAAACACUCCCCACAAGGAUUUACUGCUUCACCACUCAUCAGACUUAUACGUGCACUGUGGCACAGUGGACAAGGACAGCAAUUACUACUGCAUUGCUAGUAAUGCCAUAAGUAAUCAGCGGAGUGAUAUUCUGUCUGUGCAGGUUCUGAUGCCUGCAGACAACAGCUGUAUCUAUGUCAUUAAUAUGCAGGGCCAACCCAUUUAUGACUGUGCGGACAGAAUGAGCACCACCACGGCCAAAACUACACCUCUGACUACCUGCCAAGCUACCAUAAAAAUCCACUCUGACACGAAAAACCAGUCUAUACAAAUCAAUCAAACUGAUCUGUUUUUCACCAGGGCAUGGACAGGGGUGCCAUUUUGGUAUAUGUUGCUGCGUUGGGGUUCUUUUGCAUCCUUACUGAUUUUCUUGUGCAUAGUGAUCAAAUGUACAAAAGUGAGACACAAACCUGUCAAGAGGAAGGGAAGGAGAGGAAGGCCCAAUUUGGCUUAUAAGCCCAUCUUGAUGCCUUCUUUUAAGGUUAGUGCUCUGUGCUGGCAACAUAAGAGAGGAAGAGAUAAGCUUGUGAGAGAGGCUGACUUGACUUCAGCCGAAUUACCAGAUCCCGCCAUGGGCGUCACUUACUUCCUUUUGUGCUGUCUCAGCCUCGCCAUUACUGCUCAAGCUCAAGACUGUUCCAGACCAGUUGGAGGACCAAACAUGGUUUUGAAGGACAAAGACAUUCUUUUAGAAACGUUCCCAGAUGGGACCCAGGUUACUUUUGCCUGUGAGGUUGGCUACAUAUCUGCAGGAGGGUCUGCAAUCAGUAUUUGUCAAGGAGGCAGUUGGACUCCUGUCAGGCUGAAGUGCGAGAGAAAGAACUGUGGUCCCAUUGGAGAAGUGGAAAAUGGAAAUGUUGAUUACCCCGAAGGGACGGAGUUUGGUGAUAGAGCUGUGAUCACUUGUCACGAUGGUUUUAUACUGGUUGGUAAAGAUAAAAUAUAUUGUCAAGACAAAGGGUGGGCCAACAGGUUGCCUGUAUGUGAAGUGGUGAGUUGUGAUCCGCCCCCUGCAGUGGCAGAUGGCACCUUCAAGCCAGUCAGUGAAUCCUAUUCCUAUAGAGACGUUGUACAGUACAGUUGCCAAAAAGGUUAUACACUCAAUGGAUCAAUUUCAGCCUCAUGUUCAGAUGAUGGAACGUUUCAGCCUGCUCCUCCCUCGUGUAUCAUGGUUCGCUGCAGUGAUCCCCAAGUAGACAAUGCUGAAUUGACAGAAGGUUCACAACGCGUUUAUGGAUACAUGGCUACAGUGACAUUCAAGUGCAAAACUGGAUUUAUGAUGACAGGAGCGAAUUCCCAGAGGUGUGAGAUAAACAGUCAGUGGUCGCCUCCACUGAGUUGUAAACUGAUAACUUGUAAACUACCACCUACAGUUGAGAAUGGUUCCUUUAGUCCAAACAAAACGUCCUAUAACUAUGGAGAAGCUGUACAAUACAGUUGCCAAAAAAAUUACACACUCAGUGGAGCAAAAUCAGUCACAUGUUCAGAUAACGGAAUAUUUACACCUGGUCCUCCAACAUGUAUCCUGAUAACUUGUAAACUACCACCUACAAUUGAGAAUGGCUCCUUUAGUCCAAACAAAGCGUCCUAUAACUAUGGAGAAGCUGUACAAUACAGUUGCCAAAAAGGUUACACACUCAGUGGAGCAAAAUCAGUCACGUGUUCAGAUAACGGAAUAUUUACACCUGGUCCUCCAACAUGUAUCCUGAUAACUUGUAAACUACCACCUACAAUUGAGAAUGGCUCCUUUAGUCCAAACAAAGCGUUCUAUAACUAUGGAGAAGCUGUACAAUACAGUUGCCAAAAAGGGUACACACUCAGUGGAGCAAAAUCAGUCACAUGUUCAGAUAACGGAAUAUUUACACCUGGUCCUCCAACAUGUAUCCGGUCAACAACACCUCCGACCACCACUACUACUACCACCACCACAGAGCCGCCAACAGGCAAUGGAGAAACAGUCAAGGUGAUGCUGAUUGUUCUUGCUGUCAUCGGCACUUCCGGCAUCUGCCUGCUCUGCGCGUUCUGCAUCUACAAAAAAAAACGAGGCUCUGGAAGAGGUGGUCCUGACAAGGAAGCUCCCAAAUCUGAAGAGGAAGUAGCACUCUCGUAAGCGGGCCACUCCUGUUGCUGCAACAUUACUGCGUGUAAAAUGACGGAAGAAGAAGGAAUCGCACUGGACUAGUCCUUGAAUGUAUUUGUGCUGCCUAUGUGCUUGCGGGUGGCACAGGCAUACGAAACCCUGAAAAAUGUUUCUCAACGGCAAUCUGAGAUUAAGCAGUUUGAACUCAAUCCUUAUGCUUUGAAUGGUUCUUCUAAUAAUAAUUUCCAUCUCUGAUAGACUACUCAUAACUACUACUUUCCUUUUCUGAGUAAUCAAAUUGUUUUAUGUGGGAUUCUUUCACUUUUACAACAUCAACAGUUUUUCUGUAAUCAUGAAAGAAUGCGUUUUUAUGUUGAUCAGAGGCCAUGUUGAUUUAAACUAGCACUAUUUCUCAGAGCACAGCUCACCUUGGCCAAUGUAGCUCAGUUACACAGCUGGUCUAAAAAUAAGCAAAAUGAAGAGCGAAUGUUUGCAUGGUUCACCUUAAACUAACUCCUAGCUAAUAAACCAGAUAUCUAGUCUUGUAGAGUCAACUUCCACCAUCACAGAUAUCAGUGGGAUAAAUUAAAGUCCCUAGUCUAGUGCCUGAAUAUAAGGCAUGUUCCAUAUGCCUUAAUACAGAAAGCCAAGUGUUUUAGCUUGUGUGUCACUUGUGUGUUUGUCUGUGAAUUAUAUACAUGUUAACACAGUUGUUUGGGUUUAACUGGCUUAAUUGUGAGCCUUCCUUAACUUAAUGUUUAUGCUAAGGAAUUCGCUCUGUUCAAUGUUGGCACAGUGUUUUGUGCCAUCCAGCUUCACGAAAUUAAGUUUCUUCUUUUUCUUUCGCAGUUUAUUUGACUUUUUUCCCCCCUCCCUUCAAAGUGUUUUGUAGAUAUCUCUCUUGUCCACUGUUAUUUUCAGUUUAAUACCUUUUUAAUGAGAGGAAUACUUUGAGUAUCAGGGUGCAUAAAAUGCAUCUGUUACAUAAGGAUGUAUAGACUGUGAUCUUGUAAAUUUUUGCACUUGCCUGGCUUUUUAGCUCUAUUUAUUGAUCGUGAUGGUUGAACAUCUUUAAGAUUUUUGUGUUUUGAGGAGACGGGUGAAGAAUUGCUAAUACAAUUGGCACUACUUUUGUAAUCAAUUGAUGGAAUAAAACAACAAAGACGACA